CACAAUAUUUUUAAAAAAAAUUUAAAUAUACAAUAAAAUAAAAUAAGUUAUAACUAUAUUUUUUAAUAAAUUAUAUUAUAAAAAAAAUCUGCACAUUCAUUUAGUAAAAUUAAAACAAAUCAAUAGUCAAAUUCAAAAGCCCAGUUUACAAUUGGGACACCUAAGCCCAAUAAUUUUAUCCUCUGGUCUCCGAUCAUCUUCACCACUCACCAGUUUUCCCGAUCAUGGUUUCAGACUUUUUAGUCUCAAUGUUGUUUCAUCUUUUCUGCAUUUUGGAGACUCUCCCAGUACAAUCUAUACACCCGAAGGUUUUUCGUUUUCACAAUCACAAUCAUCAGUUUCGUUCCUCGCCACCUUGUUCAGCAGUAACAUUCACCGUCUUUGCUGAGAAAAUGAUAAGAGUUUACGCAAUUGGGCAAAAACCUCGGAGAUUGUUACAGAGACCUCUGGAGACUUUUUCUGAUUCCUAUAGAGCUAAGGAAUCAGCAUGGAUCAUAAUACCAAGUGAAACUCUGUAAAGGCCUUUUCAAUAACGCGUUUCUUUGGUCAAGACGCAUGCUUGCUUACACCCUCAAGAGCUUGACUGAGCAUGGACACCUGAGUUUCCGGUUUAGGAGAGUCAAACCAACUGGUUUACUCCUAAUUGGCCUCUUGAUUCCUCUGAGUGCUCAAUCCAUUGCUUGUUGAUGUAUGUUCAUUGGUUGCGAAUAAACUAUACUUUAGUUGACAAAGCCACACCAGCUUGAUAUAUUCUUUAGAUUAUGUGUGUGCGUAUUUGUUCUGACUUUGAGAUUCAAACAACCAAAAGUUGGAAUAGUUCCAAGAAAUAGAAACAUUCUUGGUCAAACUCUUUCUUGAGUAGACAUCUAUAUAAAUGUUUCAGCUUCCUCGAUAUUAGUCCCCAAGUAUAAUAUUACAUCUCUCUUUUCUCUGCUUGGAAUGAAGAAUUACAGAACCUCAAUUUUUGUGGUGCUAAGUCUUGUGAUACUUCUCAAUGGGCAAAGCAGUUUCGUGGCACGAGCCGGUGCUGAGAGCAAGGUUCAUAUAGUGUAUUUGGGUGAGAAGCAGCAUGAUGAUCCCGCGUUUGUCACGGAAUCUCAUCAUCAGAUGUUGUGGUCACUUCUUGGAACUAAGGAGGAUGCUCAUGAUUCAAUGGUGUACAGUUACCGACAUGGGUUCUCAGGUUUCGCGGCCAAGCUCACCGAUUCUCAAGCUAAGAAGAUAGCAGAUUUACCUGAAGUUGUUCAUGUAACGCCUGAUAGUUUCUACGAACUAGCAACAACUCGGACUUGGGACUACUUAGGCCUUUCUGCUGCCUAUCCGAAGAAUCUUCUAAACGACACUAAUAUGGGUGAAGAAGUUAUAAUUGGCAUUGUCGACACAGGAGUAUGGCCAGAAUCUGAAGUCUUUAGUGAAAAUGGGAUUGGACCGGUGCCAAAACACUGGAAAGGAGGCUGUGAACCAGGAGAGAAUUUCAGUUCCUCUCACUGCAACAAAAAACUCAUAGGAGCAAAGUACUUUAUCAAUGCUUUUCUUGCGGAGAACGAAGAGUUCAAUUCCACAGAAUCACUCGACUUUAUUUCCCCUAGAGACUUUGACGGUCAUGGCACACACGUCGCCACCAUAGCAGGUGGUUCAGUCUUGCCCAGCAUAAGCUACAAGGGCCUAGCCGGAGGGACUGUGAGAGGUGGGGCGCCUCGUGCUCGUAUAGCAAUGUACAAGGCUUGUUGGUAUCUAGAUGAUUUCGACAUAACCACUUGUUCAUCUGCUGACCUCUUGAAAGCUAUGGAUGAAGCUAUACAUGAUGGUGUUGAUGUUUUGUCCCUCUCUAUUGGAAAUCGAGUUCCUUACUACCCGGAAACUGAUGUUCGCAAUGGGAUAGCUACUGGAGCCUUCCAUGCCGUUUUAAAGGGUAUCACAGUUGUUUGUUCAGGUGGUAAUUCUGGCCCAGCGGCUCAGACUGUGGGAAACAUAGCUCCUUGGAUUUUGACAGUGGCUGCAACUACUUUAGACCGGUCCUUUCCCACACCUAUUACACUGGGGAACAAUAAAGUGAUAUUGGGUCAAGCAAUGUACACAGGUCAAGAACUUGGUUUCACUAGCUUGGUUUACCCAGAGGAUCCAGGGAACAGCAAUGAAAGUUUUUCUGGUACCUGUGAGAGUCUUCUCAUCAAUUCUAAUCUUACAAUGGCGGGGAAAGUUGUGUUGUGCUUCACAACCAUAAAACGUCACAGUGCUGUAUCAAGCGCUGCACGUUAUGUGAAGAGAGCAGGUGGUCUUGGCGUGAUUGUCGCAAGAAACCCAGGAGACGCUCUCUCACCAUGUGUAGAUGAUUUCCCUUGUGUUGCUGUUGACUACGAGCUUGGGACAAAUAUACUUCUCUACAUACGUUCCUCAGGAUCGCCUGUUGUGAAGUUACAGCCUUCAAGAACACUCGUUGGACAACCAGUGGCUACAAAGGUUGCAGAUUUCUCAUCAAGAGGACCUAAUUCAGUUUUUCCUGCGAUCCUCAAACCGGAUAUAGCAGCACCAGGAGUGAGCAUAUUGGCGGCUACAAGCACCACCAAUACCUCUUUGAACGACCGAGGAUUCAUUAUGCUCUCAGGAACAUCAAUGGCGGCUCCUGUAAUAUCAGGAGUUGCUGCACUUCUUAAAGCUAGACACCGUGAUUGGUCUCCUGCUGCCAUUAGAUCAGCCAUUGUCACUACAGCUUGGAGAACAGAUCCAUUUGGAGAGCGGAUUAUUGCAGAAGGAUCACCUCGGAAGCUAGCUGAUCCGUUUGACUAUGGUGGAGGUCUUGUGAAUCCAGAGAAAGCUGCAAAACCAGGUCUUGUCUAUGACUUGGGCAUCGAAGACUAUGUUGCUUACAUGUGCUCUGUUGGUUACAACGAGUCAGCAAUCUCUCAGCUUGUCGGUAAAGGAACAGUCUGUUCGAAUCCGAGACCAUCUGUCCUUGAUUUCAAUUUGCCUUCCAUCACAAUUCCAAACCUCAAAGAAGAAGUCAGUCUAACCAGAAUCGUUACUAACGUUGGACCAGUCGACUCUGUUUAUAAAGUAGCGGUCGAGCCACCGUUGGGAGUUCAAGUGACCGUGACGCCUCAGACGCUAGUGUUCAACUCAGCAACAAAAAAGGUUUCUUUUAAAGUCAAAGUUUCGACCACACACAAAAUCAACACAGGCUAUGACUUUGGAAGCUUGACUUGGAGUGACUCUGUACAUAACGUUACUAUUCCUUUGUCUGUGAGAACGCAGAUUCUGCAGAACUACUACGAUGAGAAUUGAACAAAAAAACACUAACUUUGAUCUCUUUAUGUAAGUAUCGAAGUAUUUGAUUAAUACAAGUAAUGUUUGAUUAAUAAUGAUGAAGUUUUUACUUUGUUCUCUUAUCUAAGAAAACCAAUAUUUCUGCCCUUUAAUUUUCACUUUGUUUCAAAUCCCCAGAUUUCUGAAAUUUACUACUUAUU